GGCAGCAGCUGCGGCGAAGAUUUUUUUAAAAGGAUUAAAUUGCGUGUGAUCCCUCCCAUCGUUCCCGCAGAUCCUUUCCUUAAACCGAAUUGAACGUGCAUGUGUGUGUGUGUGUGUGUGUGUGUGUGCGCGCGCGAUCGUGUUUGCGAGGCAUUGCGUGCGAAGAGCUCGCCCUGUCAUUCAGAGGAAUCCGCCACCUGAAACACAAGGAAGUAGAGGCGACUCAAUUGGGUAUAAAACAUGAACCACAUCUGCCUCUAGAAUUGCUAACAGCUAAAAAACAUCAAUUAGGAGUCGGACAGGGAGUUGUUUUCUCUGGUUAUUCUGAAUGAAUAAGCAGCCGCAUUUAUACCGAAUUUAUUGCAGCUGUUUUUCGGCUAUAUUGGAAUAAAAUAUAUUUGCAGCUCGAGCACCUGCUACCUUAACGGUCGCUACAUCAUGAUUCCGCCGGGGGACUGCAUGUACGCCGGCAGAAAACGGAGAAAGCCCAUCCAGAAACAGAAACCGGCCGCGGUGAACGAGAAGUCGAACCCGUCCAAGCGGCACCGUGACCGGCUGAAUGCCGAGCUGGACCGGCUGGCCAGCCUGCUUCCGUUUUCCCCGGAAAUCAUCUCCAAGCUGGACAAGCUUUCGGUCCUUCGGCUCAGCGUGAGCUACCUGAGGGUCAAAAGCUUCUUCCAAGCCAUUCAGGAGAAACCUUCCAGAACGCAUGUCAGUCCGUCCACCAAUAGCAACAUGGGGAAGGAGAGUCUGCCUGGAGAAACGAGCAUCACGGAGAGUGAACUCUUAUUGGAGUCCCUGACCGGCUUUGCACUGGUGGUGAGCACAGAGGGGAUGGUCUUCUAUGCUUCCUCCACCAUCGUUGACUACUUGGGCUUCCAUCAGACUGAUGUGAUGCACCAGAACGUCUUCGACUACAUCCAUGUGGAUGACCGGCAGGAGUUCAGAAGACAGCUCCAUUGGGCCAUGAACCCCAGCCAGCAGCAUCCAGCUGCAGAUCACCCCCUAGCGGCAGGGAGCGGUGAGGACUUCGCGGUGAGCAGCCUCUUCAGCUGUGACGAGUCGGGUGACAUCCCUGGGGAAUUCUCCUCCUUCCUGAACCGCUGCUUCAUCUCUCGCGUCCGCUGCCUGCUGGACAGCACGUCCGGGUUCCUGACCAUGCAGUUUCAGGGCCGUCUCAAGUUCCUGCACGGACAGAAGAAGAAGACGCCGUCGGGGUCGCCGCUGCCCCCGCAGCUGGCACUCUUCUGCGUCGCCAUACCACUGCUGCUGCCCAGCAUCACCGAGAUGAAGAUGAAGAGCGUGGCCAUGAGGGCAAAGCAGAGGGGCGGCCUCCUCACCGCUCUGGAUCACAAUGAGAGUGAGGAGCACUUGCGAAAGACUUCCAGUGGGGGCACAAUGAGCCACGGAGGUGAUGUUCUGCUGCUGAGCUGCUCCGGGAACCCGGCUGGGGGCUCACGUCACCAUGCCACGCCCUGGAUGGCACUUGCCAAGGAUGCCAAGCACAAGAGCGAGGCCUACUUUGCCCAAGAGGAGCCCCUGAACUUUUGCAAGUCCCCCACGGCUAGCCAGAGGGGCUCGGGUCUGGAGCACAGUGCGUGGGCGGUGCGAGUAGGCCAAGGCAUGGCCUUCCCCCCGGGUCGGCUAGGGAGACUCGGCCAGUACGGGAGACCCGGGGUCUACAGAACAUCCUCUGGUUGCCGUGGCAAUGACUACCUGUCUAAGCCGUACAGCGAUGGUUCACUGAAUGCCGAGAUGGAGAGCUACUGCGUGGAGGGCAUCAAGAGCGAGAACGGGUACCUGGCUGCCGAGGAGGGCUACAGUGGCCGGGUCCUUCUGGAGAUGCCCAUCAAGGUGGAGCAGGACUCCGACUCUGAGAACGGCUGCGAUGCAUACGGGUUUUCACACGGCCGCCCGUGGCCGUGCAAAGAGCACGUGGAGAGGCGCUACGCCACGACCUACGACAGCCUUCAGCUGAAGACGGAGGCGGACUACUUUCAGCAGUACUCGCCCUGCCAAAAGGGCAAGGUUGGUGCCGGGCCUGCCUUCAACGGGCACUACCAGAACGCGUGCGUGCAGGAAAGCCGGCCCCUGAAAUGUGUCCUGAACAAAGAGCUGACGCAAUUCUGCCAGCAGCGCCUGUCCCACUCUGACCCUCUGUGCAGCAACCAGAGCGCAAACUGCAUGGAAAGUCACAUGUUCACCGGAGGGGCCGAUUCCCUAGAUCACAAGGGCUACGCAAAUCAGGACUAUAAGUUCAGCUACGACUUCAAGGGGCAUGGUCUGCUCCACUCCAUCAAACGGGAACCUAUGGACUCGCCGCCCUGGUCCGACAGCGGCCAUGACCUCGGCCAUGUGGCCGUACACAGGAACAUCAUGUCCAACUGCGUCAUGACUGCAGCACACAAAUCAAACCCAUAUAUAUAUAUGCAAUAAGCCCGAGAGUUGAAAGUCCUCACAGUAACAAAAGACACAGGAAAGAGUGAUGAUCACAUGAUCAAGUGAACCUCUUAGGUUUAAGAGUAUGUCAUUGCCAGGGGCGCCGUAAGGCGGGGCAAAGGUAGGAUGACUCCAAGGGCCCCUGAGUGACAGGGGGCCUAGAAAAUUUCGAAAAUAAUUGGAUUGGUCUGGACUGGGGGCCCAAUAUGAUAUGCCACCAUGGGGCCCAUAUUCUCUAGCAUCACCCCUGGUCAUCAAUGUCACUGAAGAGUCAUCGGUUCACCCAUUGAAGAUUGUUAGACAAAUUUAUAUAAAAAAAAAUGUAUGUUUUUAGUAUAAGCACUUUUGGAGGAAAUAACGAGACAUAUUUUUCAAUUUAUGUGAUUUGUGUUUAUGUGUUCAGAUUAAUUGACCAUAUUUGAGUGUUUACUAUACAAAGGAAAAUAUGUCAGACUGUUAUUUUUAUGUCUGAAAAGUAAAAGAAAUAUGAAUUGUACAUAGCGAAACAAAGCAAUAGUUUUUUUUUUCUUUAACCUCAACCUUGAAGGUCAGGCAAAAAAAUAAACAUACAUAAAAAUAUGUAAGUGUUACUUUGAGCACAAUGGCAACCAGAUCUGUAGCAAAAUCCUGUGAAGGAAUAACUUAAUUUUGUACAUGUUUCCAAAACUACAAUUUAUAAGACAUGAGCCAUAUUUGGGGGUAUUUUUGAAAAAUUAGUGUGAGAAAAGUAUUUUACUGAUUACCAAUAAAAUAAAAAUUUUUAGUUUUUCAACUAAUCACCAAACAUGCUUUUAUUUAAAAAUUCCAAAAUUAUAUUUUUCAAAUAUGCAGUCCAAAAUCGUGUGUUUUGCCUUGAAUUGAAAUAAGUAAAAUGAUUUAUUUAUAGCUUUCAAACUGUUUAUUUUUGAUUGUUCUUUUUAUUAAAUCAUCUAUUUCACAAUUAUUUCAGAGGUCCGGCAAUGAAGAAAUUGUAAAGGUUGUACUGUGUGCUGACAUUCAGGAACUGAACAAUGGCACUGAGAAAACCAAUAGAUACUUCUAGGCAGAGCUAGCUUGUUGAGUGCUGGAAUAAGAAAGUCGGCUGCAGAUUCUAGAAAUGUGCUUGCAACCAGUUUUCUGGUGAUUUGUAGGACUGUAAUAAUGUAUUAUGUAAAAUAUUUCAUGAAAAUAAUACAUGCUACUGCUAUAGUUUUUGUAGCAAUACUAUUGCAAAAAAAAACUGAAAUUGAAUGUUGAGUGUGGGUGAACCGGCUUGUAAACGAGUUAAUUUCAAUGUUGUUCCUGCCGCAUGAAUGCUGCAUUUUUUUUAAAUCUAGGAGAAUAUAUUUGUUUUCUUUUGUAUAUAAAAGUCUGAAUCAUAUAAAAUAGUUCUGUAUGAAUUCUGUUAUGUUCCUUACCAGUUCUGUUAAGGUUAUUGUUUCUUUUAGUUUAAUUAAAUGUUUUUUUUCCAUUAUACAGAAUAAUACUUUGCAGCCAUUGUUAAACUCAAAAGAACUAAAAAAAGACUCCUGGAAGACUGUAAAUUUACAUCAACUGAUACACUUUUUCCACUUCAUCUCCCUUGCUACAUUCUCUGCUAAAAACAUGCCUUAAAAUGUAUUUUGAUAUUUAUGUUUAUAUAGAAAUUCACGGAAUCCACUGCCUUUAGUAUGUAAGAUCUUUCAACAUUGUGGCAUAGUGUUUAAAGUUCUUACGCGAACUUACACAAGGAUGUACGUGCAGAUAUUUGCGAAUAUCCAUUCAUCUUCUAACCACUUACCCUGGUUGGGGUAAUGGAAGAUUUUAAACUUUAAAUUUCAAAUCGCUGAAAUGUAUUAAUAGGCCAACCCACUCUGUGUAGGUUUUGACACAAUGUCUUUUUGUUUGAUCAUUAUUAGUGUACAUUGCAAAGGUGUUUGUGAGUGACCAUUUCGGAAUGAAAGUUACAGUGUGCUACUGCUAUCAUGUUUCUAACUUGCACUAUGGGACUUGGUUGUCAAUCAUACUGCUACCUAGACAUAAUGUCCAGUUGACAUGCAGAACUGUAAAGGUUGAUUUUUGUCAUUCAAGUUGUUUUAUUAUUGUUUUUGUAAAGGAAAAAAAAGUGAUGAGUUUACGUCCUGUGUUUUGUAUUUAUUGUCUAAGUAGACAUGUUAAUUUAAAAUAACUGAAUGCAAGCUUAACGCUCAUUCACUGUAGACAGAUAUAUCUUUUCUGUCUUAAAAACAUGUUUAACAAGCUCUUCAGCUAACUUCGUAGCUGCAAGGCAGCGACUACGUAUUGCAUUUUUUCCCUCAAUAUUUUACAUUCUUUUUUCAAGAUAAGUCAAUAAAAAAU